AUGGCUUCUCUCAUCAAAGUACUGUUCGUCGUGGGCAAGAAUGAAAGCCUGAGACAAAAACUACUGCACUUCUGGGACGAGCUGACCUCGACCAUGGGCUGGAGACUAACAGGCUACGGAAGCUGGGCCGUGGAAGAGGGCUCCGUGCCGCUGCCCGGUCUCAUAGUCGUGACAGCCAGAGAGAGCUGCCUGCAAUGCUUCCCGGACUCGGCGGAGGCGAUUCUGCUCGCCCACGACUUUGUCCGGGUCAAGACGAUCAUGGGACACCAAUCAGUCAACGCGCGGUACUUCAAGGCGCCUCAGAGAAGCCUUCCUACCGUUAGGCGUUUCGCCCUCCCGAGUCAGGCACUGAACUACCCCAGCAUGUUCAAAGUCAUCCUUGGCGGGCAGUCUACCAACCAGACAGUCCUGCGGGUCAAGUGGCAAGGAUUCUGGUACAAGUUCACCGAGACGAGAACCUGGCAGUGGACCAAGUUCACGCAGUUCUCCUUCCAGAACAACACGGUCCUGGUCACGACGGAAGAGUCGGGGGUGUCGGACGCUCUGUACACCAUGGCCCAGGAGAUACUGCAGGCUCACGGGUUCAGAGCCAAGCUCCCCGCGACCGAGAUGAUCCCGGAGUUCCAGUCCCCCGCUGACAUUCCCGAUGUCAAGUUGAACGAUUUCCUCACUCAUCCCAGAUCCAGGCUCGUCAAGGUGUUCUUUGUGGAUAGCACAGGCCCGGAUGUGCCGCUGCCCCGUCCCAGGCUGCGCAGGUUCAUGGAUGAUUUGGUAUCAUCUGAGCCCGGCAUCAGGGCCGGAUACAACUGGAACUUCUCCCGCGAUAAUGAAAUUCUCUUCUCUGCAGGGUCCGGCAUAACCCGCUUCAACGAGCUGGCUUGCCUCCUCCAGAGAAAUGGUUUCGUUCUUCUAGGACACCGAGAGGAUGUCCCGGCGUUCCAGGCGCCGCUCAUUAUCCCCGAGUUUCGUGCCUUCUAG